CCGUGCUGAGAGCAAAAAGGGAGGUGGGCGGGGGCUGGAUGGAGCAAAGCAGGAACUGGGCAUCAAUAGAGAAUACUGCAGCUCCCUCUCACAUUCUACACACACACACACACAUCUUCACAAGGACAGCAUCAUGAGGCUUUAAAACACACACCCACAACUGCAGCAUCACUGUGCUGCAGCUGUGGAGGACGGCAGCAGCCGUUGCUCACAUCUCUGCCUCUUUGGCACACACACACUCAUAGAGACACGUGCUGCAGGGAAGAUCUGAACGCUGGGUCGCUGAGCAUUUAGACUCCCCCCCUCCCAUCCGCUCUCCUGCUACUUCUUCUUCAUCACUCUCUGCCUGUUCACCUUGUCUGUUCUGGUUUAUUGUUGCGUCAGAGCCACGGAGAAGCAUGCCAGGGGAGAGCACCCACAGGUCUGCCCCCAUCGACAAGCAUCCGGACCGGGGAGCUGAGCAAACUGGGCUCCCAGGACCAGACAUGACCAGGUACCCAUCGACAGACUCCACUCCCAGUGAUAGUGGCUCCUCCCCCAGUGACAGUUGCUCAAGUCCAUCUCCGAGUACUCCGCAGAAAAUUCUUCCGGCAUGCACCUCUCCGUUUGGACCUCGAUUAUUUCAUGUAACACCCAGCUCCUCUGGAAUUCCGAGACCUCAGCCUGAAGGUUCAGACCGUCGCAACACAAUCCGAUUGUCUGGAAAUAUAGGCGGUCAUGGACCACGAGCCCACCACAUGCCUGUUAAAAUGGAAAGAAUAAAGGUUCUGACUGGUUCUGAGGUGGAGAGUGAUUACCCAGAGUCUCAGAACAUGGACACCAGGGUAGUGAUGGGCGAAGAGACGCUGCUCAAAACAGCUGAAGUUCAGAAAGGAAAUCCUCCAAAAGAACCAGGUGGUCAGACAAGCCCUCUGCCGAAUAUCCACAGUCUUUCUCAUCCUCAGGAACAAGGAAAAGAUGCACAACUGGAAACCAGUGAUGAGAAAGACCAACCACAUGUGUCUCAAAAGGCAGAAGUUCAGGAAAAGGCUCCGUCUCAGCCCUCCGCUGAUCUGGCCACAUCAGAUAACGAAGUACAGGAGGAUACAGAAGAGGAUGAGACCCUCUCUAAAGAUGAAGUGCCUUCACACUUUUUUUCUGAGCUGGCUUGUCCAGUGGCUCUGUCCUUUUCUGAACCAGCCUACGGCGUCGACCCACUUCGGGUAGGUGUUCCCUCGUCGCUUGACCCCGACCUCUAUUAUACUGCUCCCUCCACUCCAAUCAAAAUGCCUACCAGCUCUUCUCACCUUAAGCAUCAUUCUUAUCCUGGCUCCCCGGCCAGUCCUCUGUCCCCUGGUUCCCCUUCUGACAGCGAGGACCUCUGCUCUCCACUCACAUCCCCAUCAGGCUCUUACAUCACAGCUGAAGGAGGCAGCUGGACAUCUUCCUAUACCUCCUCCACCUCCCAUUCAGCUUCUCCCAACCUUCUUUUCCCAGAAGAAAUACAAGAGGCUCCUGCUUGCUUUGUAAACUCCCUGUCAGAGAUAGGAGAUGAAGUUGGGGAAGAAAAAGGAAGAGCAGGUCCAGAUCGGGAGGAAGAAAAGAUAAGGAACUUUUGCCUGUACCAUCCUCAGAAUUUGACCAAUAAUUCUCAAGUAGGUAUUUUGGACACGGUGAUCCCUGAGGAGGAUGAUGCUUCAAGAUCUGAUGAAAUUAAUAAUCCCAGAGAAAAUUCUCGCCCCUGCUGGGUGUCUGAGAAUACGUCCCCUACAAGAACCAGUAGCAGCACAAACUCGCAAGAAGAUGGUGGCGAAUCUGAGAGUUCACUUUGCCCACUAGAGGAUACUACAACAAAUUCUGAACCCAUACAGAUGGGCAUGACAUUGCCACUGGAGGCAUGUUUCCCAGAGGAACAUUACGGACAGAUGGAUGCCCAUUCAGACCUUCUCUCUACUGCCUUGACUCCUGACACAGACAGCAUGACCAUGGCCUCUAGUAGCUUCAGCCCUGACUCACCAAUUCUUUUCCUGGAUGCCUUUUGUCCUGGAGCCCUUGAUCGCCUUGGCCCAGAUUCUUUUAUACUGUCCCACGCAGCUUGUGCUGAUGAUACGAUGGAUGAUGACAGGAUGAUCCCCGCCUCGCUCAUACCUUUUCCACUUCAUACCAGCCUGAUCUUCAAGGCUGAUUCAAUGGAGAUCACCUUGUUCCCCACAGAGGAUGACAAUGAUGUGGAAGUCAACAACAGGAAUGAAAGAAAAGACGACGUCGAUGCAUAUGGAGCAGGAGAAGAGGAGGCAGAUGUGGAAGAUGACGAUGAUGAAGAAGAUGAUUUUGAUAGCAAUGAGGAAUACACUUCUGAUAGUGCCAAAGAGGCUGCAAAUGAAAGCAGGGAUAGCAAUGGGGAAGAAAAAGAAGAGGCCAAAGUAGAGGUGAAAGUGGUAGAAGAAGAGCAAGUAGAGGAAGAAGACAAGCAGGAAGAUGAUGAGCAGGAAGAAGAUGAAGAUGAUGAGUCAGAUAGCAAAGCAGUUGAUGACCCUACGGAUGAAGAUACCUCAGAAUCCUUCCUUCAUUCACUUUCAGAAACAUCUAUCAACGAUGGGUUGGAUGAAUCCUUCUGCUUCCAAGACGACACAGAUGACUCUUUAGAUUCUGCCUCUUAUAAUGGGGAGGAAGAUGAGCGUCUGUACAGCACUGAGAGGCAUGCACAAUCACUAGAACCCAUACCCGCAGAUGGACCUGACCUGGCUCAAGUACAACAACAGAAUGAACAAAGCUCAUGUCAAGAUGCACAUACACAACCAUUUGCAGAUGAGCAAGAGAGUCCCCUCCAGACUACUGCUCUCUCUGAUGCAGCUGAUGCCAGUUCCAAGGACAACAGUGUUCUAUCCAAACCUGAUGGUAGACCUCUGACCCCUGAAGAACAAUCAGAUGCUGCAUCUACAUCUGUCCACGAAAGAGGAGAGGACAUAUCUAUGUAUGUGCAAGAAACCACAGGAAAAAAUGAAAUUCAACAGCAAACGACUCUAUCUUUAGAGGUAAACUACAGGCAGGCAGACCCAUCUGCUGACCUGAAUGAAAGCAUAGAAAAUAUUGAAAUUGUUGAAAAGGAGGCUUCUUCUGAGCCUCCUGAGGAGUCAAAGGUCAGCCCAAACCAUAAUCAGACCACCACUCCUGUUGUGAUUCUUGCAUCCCCUGAUUAUGCAACAAUCUCUAUCUCCUCUUCUCCAACUGAUACACCUGAGCAGGAGACAACAAGCAACCAUUCUAGCCUUCAAGAAGAAUCUACAAAAGAAAGUCCACAUGUAAACAGUGGCACUUUGAAUUUGGGCAGUAAUGAUACGGAGGUGGAACCCAUUAAAGAGCCAGAAAGAGACUCUUUUAUGUUGCUCAUAAAGCCUCGCCACAAGCAUUCAGAGAGUCAUAGGACGGUCGGAGCGAGCAGAGUAGCAUUAUCAAAGUCCUUCACUUGCAAACUCAGUGAGCCUGUAAGAGUGGAGGCACUGCCGUUCAGCAACAGUGGCUCUGAAACCGAAGCUGACCACAACAAAGGGAGUGCUUCAGUCGAUGCUGGUACUACAGAGUAUAAAAGUGAUUCUGGUCCUCCACUGACUAUGGUCAGUCCUACAAAUGACUUGAAUAAAGGUGUUUUUCUUCUGUCUUGCCCUAAAGAUCAAAACCCCAGCUCAAGCAAUAUCCCCAUCUCUGCCUCCUCAGAAUUUACCUCAGAACUUGCUGACAACCUGGCUCUGACUCCUGAACACGGUCCUGGAGACCCUGCUCAGGAGAACCUGAGGGAGACCUCUCUGAGUACUGACGAGGGGGUCCUGGGAGCUGUCGGAUCUUCACACUCUCCUCUUGCCAUCUCACCUAAAAGGGAAAAUUCAGAAACAGACACAAGUAGAGAGAUACAUCCAGGAUCAGGGAUGUGGUGUGACGCUGGGAUAGGGCUCAGUUUCGGUCCAGGGUUUGGCUCAAGGGCUAAGUGUGGCUUCUGGGAAGCAGACGAGUCAUUGUCUUUGUCUCUUGGUAAGAGGUAUGACUUCGAGGUGGACAGCCUCCUCGUGUGUCACCCAGAGAGCCAAAGCACACAAUCAACCAUAGCUCCCAAUGUGAGCAACCAAGUCUGCACUAAUGACAACAACUUGUUUGUUGACGAUGAGGACAACAGCGUUGAUGAAAAAAAGUUUCACAUGGUGGAUGAUGAUCUGAUCAAACAGGGAGAGUCUAACUUGGCCCACUGGAAGUCUGUCGAAGAGAUUUCCGAAGCAGGUGGAGGGGAGGACGAGAGCUCCAGAUUUCCAGAAGACAACAUCAGUAAUUUAAAUACGGACAAUGAAACACAAAUACAAAACACUUGGAAGAAUUCUAAUUAUUCCCCCUUUCAGUACCUGGAUGUAGGCUCUUGUGGAAGUCUGAACGCCCUUUCAGAGGAAAUGAGACACCAAAGUGUGAACGUCAGCAAAUCUUUGUCUAAUAUUCCUCUUGAUGAGAUUCCACUUAAGGUUCCUGGCGAAGAACCUUUGGAGGACCCCAUACACCAGACUUCAAACUCAUCCCUCAGACAAGUCUUGGAAGAGGUCACUGCAGUAGGAGCUUCCAAAGUCGAUGCGGCUAUCAAAGCCACAAACACGGAGAGUCAGUUGGUUGCUCCAGAAAGUAAAAAGUUUUCCUUACCACAGGGUUCUUUUGGAUCUUUUAAAAGUAAAACUGAUGUGUGCAGGUCUAGGAAUGCUCACAAAGGCAAUUUGUUAGAAGCAGAGAUUGUGGAUCUUCGGACUGCGGGCCAAAGAAAAUCUGAUGUCAGUUCAAUGACAGGUAUAAGAGUCGAUGAACCAAAAACUACAGAUGCCUUUAGGGGGGAGAACUCUGUUUCUGUGAACUCAGGGGAAAUAGAAGAGGAGAGAAAUGUUGAAACAAGAACAGGAAAGUCAUCUUCUGCACUGGAUGGCUCAGGGCACGCUCAUACUCUCGAUGGAGGGCUUUGCACAGAAGCUCCUGCUAUGAAAGGGAGGAGAAGGAAGCAGAACAAACACAGGGGUUCUCAGGGUGGAAAUCAGGGUGGCUUGAGUCCUGAUUUUGUUGAAAAUCCAAAGAAAGCCACAGGUCAGUUGAACUCAACAGCAGAUAGGUGGUCAAAGGGGACCAUAGAGAAUUCAACACCUAAGAGAGACUUAAAUGGAAACAACAACCUUUCAUCUACAGAUCUUCACCAGAGGGCAUCUGGGGUACAGGGUUUUAGCAGUCCUGAACUCAGCAGUUCAGCGUCAGGUCAUCUCAACAUUGUGGCAGAAGUGAAACAAGAAGUACAUUGUAAGCAAGAAGCGCUUGAUAACAGACCACAAACGGACACUCAAAGAGGAGUUACAGUUGACGUAAAUGAAAAUAUCGACCUCAGAAAGAACACCCCGAAAAUGUUCUCACACGCUCCGACCUCAAACUCUUCAUCGACCUCAUUACAGUGUGCCUCAACGCAGCCGGAGAAUGGCCUCUCCACCCCUGUGCAGGAAUCCCAACCCGUCCUCUCAGCACAACAGUCCCCGUAUCCCACAAGCUCCUCUCUUUUCUCCCCCUCCCCCACAUCUCGGAAAUUUACCUGUCCUUCAAGCGACCUCCAGCAGGUCACAACUGCUGGAGGUGUUUCCUCCUCAUCAUCCACUCAACUGUCUUUAAGCCCGUCCAAGGGUACCCAUGAGCACAAGCAAGCAGUGUGUGUUCCAGACUCCUCUCAUGGUACCUCGUACCAGCAUCAUUCCCCUUCUCAGGCGAAUAUCAUCAACCGGUCUAACAAGCAAGCUCCCACUGUGAGCAUGCAGGACAGAUGCACAGGUGCUGGAUUCGCUGAAGAUAUGACAGACAGUGAAGAUGAUGUCCGAAGGCCCCGACAGGAUCAGACAUCUCACCCCAGAGGAAGGAGUAGAAAUGGAUCAUCACAGUCGCUUCCAGUUAGUCAUCAGGAUGUCCAGCCCUACCAAAAGGCAGAGAUACACUCCGGCUGCCCAAUCAACUCCAGCCAGAACCUUCCUGAGGAGACUGACCUCAAAAAUGACAGCUCCUUCCUGGCUUCCUGUAAUGAGUCUGAGAGCGAAGGGUCAAUACCUGAGCUUGAAGAGCUGGAGCCGCUCAGGCCAUCAGAACCACAGUCCAUCCCUUCUGCAGACGACAGCCUGAACAGACCUAAACAGAGCCGAAGUGAGAAAAAGGCCCGCAAGGCCAUGUCCAAACUGGGUCUGAAGCCAGUCCACGGCGUCACCAGAAUCACAAUUAGGAAGUCCAAAAGCAUCUUGUUUGUCAUCAGCAGACCCGAUGUGUUCAAAAGCCCCGUCUCUGACAUUUACAUCGUAUUUGGAGAGGCAAAGAUUGAGGACUUAUCCCAGCAGGCUCACAAAGCAGCGGCUGAGAAGUUCAAGGUGCCAAUGAUGUCCUCUCCUUUAGCGACGCCUGUCCCACCCAGCCUCACCAUCAAAGAAGAGAGCGAGGAAGAGGAGGAGGAGGUGGACGAAGGAGGCCUGGAGCAGAGGGACAUCGAGCUGGUGAUGGCUCAGGCCAACGUGUCACGAGCAAAGGCCGUCCGAGCACUGAAACACAACAACAAUGACAUUGUCAAUGCAAUCAUGGAGCUGACCAUGUGAGGACUCUGACUCCUGACUCCAAGUUCAGCCUGUAGUCUGAACACUUCUGUAUCUCUUGCUGUAUGUUGCAUCCCCAGUAUCUGCUGAAUAAAGCCUGUUCUUGAGUGGGCUCUUAAUGUACUCUGA